AUGGCGCCUAUUAAGACACUGCUGACGCUGGCCAGCUCUGGGCUGAUUCCUUUGGCAUGGGCGAAGCAGGUUCACUUUGACUUGGACCUGACUUGGCAAAAAGGUGCACCAGAUGGGAAUGUUCGGGAUAUGGUCUUUAUGAACGAGCAGUUUCCUGGACCAGAACUGAGACUAUCUGAGGGCGAUGAUGUUGAGGUGGUUGUCCACAACCACUUACCGUUCAACACCUCCAUUCACUUCCAUGGAAUUGAACAAAGAGGUACUCCCUGGUCAGACGGUGUUCCAGGCCUUACGCAAAAGCCAAUCCAGCCUGGCCACAGCUGGACCUAUCGGUGGACGGCUACCCAAUAUGGCACAUACUGGUAUCACGCCCAUGCUCAAUCUGAGAUUAUGGACGGUCUUUAUGGGGCCAUUUGGAUCAGUCCCGCCCCUCAAACUCCAGAUCCUUUCCACUUCAUCUCAAACAAUCCAACCGAUAUUGCUGCGAUGAAGAAGGCAGAGCAGGAUCCCCAGCUUAUUAUGCUGUCCGACUGGGAUCACUUGACUGCCGCCGAGUACCAAAAGGUGCAGGAAGACACCGGCGUGAACAUUUUCUGUUCCGACAGUAUCCUUAUCAAUGGCCGUGGUGCAGUAUACUGCCCUGGUACCGCCAAUAUCUCAAGCGUCGAAUUGCCAUAUCUUAGCACUGCCAUCAACAAUCAGCCUCUGACGGAUAAAGGGUGUCUGCCCAACAUCUAUGAGACUCAGGGCAAUUUUCCUCCGACUCAUCCCGAGAAAAUCCCACCCGGUUUGAACUCGGGCUGUACCCCCACUGUUGGUCUGCACGAAAUUAUCGAGGUGGACCCUCAGGUUGGCUGGGUCAGUCUCAAGUUCAUCAGUGCUGCCUCAUUGAAAGCGCUGAUGUUCUCGAUUGAUGAGCACCCCAUGUACAUUUACGAAGUCGACGGAGCGUAUAUUGAGCCGCAGCUUGCCGAGAGCGUUGCCAUCUUCAACGGAGAGCGUUACGCUGCAAUGAUCAAGCUGGACAAGCCCCAUAAGGACUACACCAUCCGGGUGCCAGACACCCAGGGAGACCAAGUGAUCUCUGGCUUUGCCACCAUGCGUUAUAAGGGCUCUGAAAACACAGGACCCUCUGCGCCCUAUCUGGACUAUGGCGGUCGGAACACUUCCGCCGCGGUUGUCGCUUUGGAUAACAGGGCUAUUCGCCCUUAUCCUCCUGUAUCUAUCCCUGACCAUGCGGACCAACUGGUUAACCUUACUCUUGGACGCUUGGGCUCGUCUUACACUUGGACCGCCUCCGGGAAUGCUCUCUAUGACAUGAUGGCCAACUGGGAUGAUCCGAUUCUCUACGAUCUCAAUGCCAAGAACAAACUUGCUGAGCAGGUCACUAUCCAGACCAAGAACGGCACUUGGGUCGACUUGAUUUUGCAACUCGGCUCCAUGCCCCACACACCCGCUAUUCAGGCGCCUCAUGUGAUGCACAAGCAUUCCAACAAGGCAUUCAUCCUUGGUGUCGGUCCUGGCUUCUUCAACUGGGCCAGUACUGAGGAUGCGAUUGCGGCACACCCAGAAUACUUCCAGCUGGAUAAUCCUCAGCGAAGAGAUACAUUCGUCACUCAAGGUCCCACUGGUCCGUCCUGGAUGAUUGUCCGGUAUCAGGUGGUCAAUCCCGGCCCCUUCCUCUUACACUGUCAUAUUGAAACACACAUGUCUAAUGGCAUGGCUGUCGCUCUCCUUGAUGGUGUUGAUGCUUGGCCCCAAAUACCGCCCGGCGAGGACCAGAGUCCUGGCGGUUGGCAAGGACCCCCUCCAGGUCAAGGUGUUGGUCAGGGACAGGGUGCAGGCCAAAGCCAGGGCACCGGCCAAGGCCAAAGUGCCAGUCAAGGUCAGAGUGCUGGUCAAGGGCAAGAUCAGAGUGCCAGUAUGAGCUCCUGGUGGGCUAGUCACUCGCAGACUCUAACCCCUGCCAGCGUGAAGCCUUCAUCAACUCCCCUUCUUACCUCUACAUCUUCUCCCCAACCACCUCCACAAAUCCCUCCGAUUUCUACGAGCAGACCGCCAUCUCCACCAACUCCGACUCAGGCUACCCCUCCUACAGCCCCUCAGGUAACACCAGAGAUUGAGGAUUAUGGUGAAUGGUACCAAGCUCGUGAGCUAAAAAUGAUGAGUAUUCUCGGGAACAAAAUCUCUGAGCGUCUCGACGCGGAGUCCGCUCGCGAGACGCAAAGUGUUCGGCGGGCCCGCCACCACUAG